CAUUCAGCAACAGCAGGCAGACAGAAGAAAAGCCCAUCUUCAAACCAGCCCAUCAUUUUCUGGAUUAAGGGGCCCCAAUUAUUUCAUAAUAUUAUUUUCUUCCCUUGGAUUUUUCCCACCUCCAGAAAAUCUUGCCCAAGUUCAUCCUUGGCAAUCAAUUUUUUAUUUUUUUUAAUUAGCAACUACUAAUAAUAAUGCUAAAAGCUAUACAAAUUCUUGGUUCUUCUUCUUCGUCUUCAUCGGGGUGCUUCUUCCUUCACCACAGAUUAAAGAAGCCCCGGUCGAGUUUUUCUUUAAUUUCAAGAAAACCCAUUGAAGCAUCAAUUCCAGAAUCAUCAAAAUUACAUAAUUUGGCUUUUCGAUUUCGCAAAGGUUGCUCCUUUAGAGCUUUCCAAAUGCCAAACACUAAUUCUGAGUCAACCCCAGAUGGUGAUUCGCUUUCUUCUUCAUCGCUAACGUCGACUGCAGCAGUUCAGACAACUGGAUUUACUAAGAAAGUCAGUUUCUGCCAAUGGUGUGGUGGCCCGACAAAGCACGAGAUACCCGACGGGGAGGAAAAACCGAGGGCUAUUUGCACGAAGUGUGGGAAAAUAUUUUACGAGAAUCCGAAAAUGGUAGUGGGUUGCCUCAUUGAGCAUGAAAACAAGAUACUGCUGUGCAAACGGAAUAUUCAACCAUCAUACGGCCUUUGGACCCUCCCCGCUGGUUACCUGGAGAUUGGGGAGUCUGCUGCUGAAGGAGCCACUAGGGAAACUUGGGAAGAGGCAAAUGCCGACGUGGAAGUCCAGUCACCAUUUGCUCAAUUGGACAUCCCUCUUAUUGGCCAAACUUACGUUAUUUUCCUGGCAAAGUUGAAGAGACCCGACUUUUCACCGGGUCCAGAAUCAUCGGAAUGCCAGCUUUUUGCAGCGGAGGAUAUUCCUUUUGAUUCUUUGGCAUUUUCGUCAAUGCUGGUUACUUUGAAAUUGUACUUGGAAGAUAUAAAGGUUGGAAGACCCAAGUUUCACUAUGGCAUCAUAAACAAAAGGCCCGGAACAAGCCCCUCUGACAUUCGUGCCUACACGCUCGAUCAUCAUAUGAAAUGUUGAUUCCGAUGCAAAAUAUCUUGUGCCGUUUAUAGAUGAAUCGGAAGGUAGAGCGAGUUUAUUGUCUGUAGUUCGUAAACUUGAUGUAACCUGAUGGUAGAUAUAAUUACGUAAUUGUUCAAAAGAUUUAGCUUCAUUCGGUUCUUGUAAUUUGUUCAUGUAGUUAAUGCAGUGGCUCACAUGAUUUUCAUCUUCCAUUGAUACUGUUGUAAAUCAAAGUCAUCUGCUUUCUUUCUGUA